CAACGGGAUAACUUCCGUUUUUUUUUCCUCUUCUUCUUCUUCGAGUGGAGAGGAAACCAAAAUGAAAAGCGAGGCUUCCAAACGUGAAUUGAGCAGUUCAUUCCUGCGUUGUUUCCCGGCCAUGUGGCGAAUGUGCAACUUUUGCAUGGGCUGCUUUUUCGCUUUAGCCGCUUACGUGCAGGUGAACGACCCAGAUGCCGGAAUCUGGAUGGCUGCCUACAUCAUACCAUCAGGGCUGUGUUUUAUGGUCUGUGUCAUUCCUGCAAUAACAGAGAAUUUAAUAUGGAGUCAGCUGUCUGAUUUGCAUAUGGCUUCCUGCCUUAUCGUUGCUGGUGCUCUGGGUCUGUCAGUCUACAGAAAUGCAACCAAGAACAUCCUCCAUGAGGAGGAAGGCAGGGAGUUUUUUGGUUUGCUGCUAGUUGCUGUAUGGCUUCUCCUUUGUCGCCGUUCAGGCAAGAAUCCAGUUGGAGGACUGAGACUUUCAGCUGCAGGUGUAAUUGUUGCAUUUCCAUUUGUGGCCUGGCUGUAUUACCACGUGAACACACACCUGAGAGACUCCUGGCCCUCGCACUGUAAGACCGCCCUGUGAGAAGUAAUGUAAAAGCAUCUGAGCCACAUUAAACCCCCUUGGAGACCACCGAGUGCAUAAAGUUAAGAAAUCAAUGCUCAUUAGCUAAGUAUGAGGACAAUAUUUUUGAUGAUGCCAGGAUGGUGUGUGUGUCCAGUUCAGUUAUUUUGUAAUAUAUGCCAUAUACUCGGCCUGGACUGAGUAAAAUGGGGUUCAGGAAAUGGAUGAUGGAGGCUGCACACCUCUUGACACGAUAAUAACCUGUGCUGAUAGUGUUAACUGAAAAUACGAACAUCAAUUGAAGACAUUCCAGCAAUGUGUCAUCUAUUUUAUCACCAGUCUGACUUGCCAAGGUGGCAGAUCACCAGAGCAUUUCUAGCUGGCAAUGACUGCAUGGCACAAGUGAUAAAAACUUUUAAAAACAUUGGAAGAACUGAUCAUUUGCAUUUGCAUUUUCCCCUAUGACUGUCAUGUCUGAGAUACCCUUUACAGUGUGGACGCAAGAGGCGCUGUUGCCCUGUGAAAAAGUAAAAAGCACCACGAUUAAUAUUUCUCUUCCAAUAAAGUGCACAAAGAACCGCACACGCCACAAUUCUCCAAUAAUAAUCCUAAUACAAUAAACAAUCCUCCACUCCCAGCAGCUUAGUCACCCAACUCCGGCUCUCCUUGCUGGGUUUCCCAAAGUUCUUUAAAUAGUCCAUGACCCGGAAGUGUUUCUUUUCCGGGUCAACUGCCACAUCCUCAUUCCUCAAAUAGCCCGGAAGUACUGCAGCCUUCCAGCCUCGUGACUUUGAAGUACUUCCGGGUUGUAGUAAUAAUGUAAAUCCCCAGGUUCUUUGUGAGCUCCCCAUGGCCCCCCAACAGGGCUGAGGAAAUGGACUCCAUGUCCCAGGAUGCUCUGAGGGAAUCCGGGGAACCGUUGCCAUCCAGGGGAGCUGCUACCUAGUGUCCCGUUUGGGGGUCAGUAUCCAGAAAAGCCUGCCUUUCUCCAUUCUUCUUGCUUUGGGAUGUCACGACCGGAUUGAACAGCCGGCCGUCGAUCACAACAUCCAUCAUGAUAAUGCGGUCACCUGUUGUGCAUCUUUUACACUCAUUAGCUCCGUUCAUCCAUCGCAAUGACUCUAUUUCAAGAUACAGUUUAAUGUACAUCUUUAGAAUUUGGAUCACUUUGUAUGUUAAAAGUCUACUUCCCUGUGUACGCAUUCUUUAGCCUCGGCCUGUGAAGUUUCAAAGUAAGAGUUGGCAGUUUUUACCACAUCCCGUUGCAUUGACAAAACACUAAAAUGUCCGUCUUGUAUCUUUCAGCGUGUUUCAGGUAUUAGUAUGUCCGUUGUACUGUUUUGUCUUCACAAGAACCAGUAGAUAGCAAGGCUAAUAAAACAACUCAAAUGCUUUGAGAGAAUAUGGUGAUCUGUGCACAGGGCAGGUCUUACAAACCUAAUCACCGAAUACGCAGGCAGACAACUCCGAUCGCCUCUCCGCAGCACGUGCACAUGCAGACUUCACAAGUUAUGUUCACAUUAUGGCUGUGCAGUCAAUUUUCCAUACUCUAUAUCAGACCAACUCAUUACAAACGCAAUGGCUUCAAAUCGGGAGUAGAAAUAUGGAGUCAAAGUUUUCCAUUCAUUUGCGUAAUUUAGGCAUCCCAGAACCCGAUUUGACCAGUGACGUGCGGUGAGGUUCAUGGCUGGUGACUCCUUCAGAGUCAGAUUUACAAAUCUAUGAGCCCAGAAGAGUAGCUCAUCCACUAUUAAAUUGGCCACAUGCACAUCGAUAUACUGGUUAUGUUUCAUAUCUCAUUAGCAUUCUUUACACACACACAGGUAAGGCGCAUAUUUGACUAAGAAAGAACUUUAUAUUUAUAGCGGCGAGAGAGAGUGGAAAGCACAUUUGCUCCUCACCCUCCAUGUGUUCUAAAUUUGCCGUUGCAAUUCCAAAAUUCAUACUCAUUUAAAACAAAUUAAAGUAUAGAGUGGUGUUCAAAAAAACGGAUUUCAAUUUCGACCUUAAUUGAAAUAGUUGUUUUUUAAAGCUUUUAAUGCUGAUGCUUUAAUCAAUUUUAAUACAGAAGGUUCAACAAAAGGAUAACAAGAAAAACAAAAGAAUCCGGUCAAAGUUCAGUUUUUAAAUAUUGGAUUGUUUUUUUCUUAGUCUGAUUCCAUUUUCUUAUAAAAUUGAAAACCGUUUAUGGUCUUAUGUAAAUGAAGUCCAUGCGCCUAUCUUCCUCCACGAAAAUCAACGUCACUUUCUUGUAAAAGUCCUCCUUAUUUCCCUUUAGUUUUAAAAGUCUCAAUCUUCCAUUUUGGCAGUCAGUUGGAACAGAAAAAUAAAAAUAAACGGACCGCUGCAGUGCACUUGACUUUCUGACAUCGCUAGCUUAUUGGCGCCUCUGCAUAGAAGAACAGCAACGAGCACCUGUUGGGCUCACAUGCGCCCCCUUCAGGACACCACGGUACCGUCUGCCUCACGUUGUGCCUUUUCACUGCGGUUUUAUGUCCGAUCAGCAAAACUACAUGUCACACACAUUCGUUAAAAAUAUUAGCCAGCCUGUGGAAAAUCAGGGUGUACAGUAUAAUAAACGUGUCUGCAAACCUUCCUUAGAAGGCUGGCAUCCUUCAAAAUCUGCAUUAAGAUGCUGCAGAUGUUCUAUCAGACGGUUGUGGCGAGCGCCGUCUUCUACGCGGUGGUGUGCUGGGGAGGCAGCAUUAAGAAGAGGGACGCCUCACGCCUUGACAAACUGGUGAGGAAGGCAGGCUCUAUUGUGGGCACGGAGCUGAACAGUCUGACAUCCAUGGCAGAGCGACGGGGGCUCAAAAGGCUCCUAUCAAUUGUUGAGAAUCCACUGCAUCCACUAAAUAGUAUCAUCUCAAGACAGAAGAGCAGCUUCAGCGACAGACUGCUGUCACUGUCCUGCUCCACUGACAGACUGAGAAGAUCGUUCCUCCCCCACACUAUACGACUUUUCAAUUCCACCCGGGGUUGGGGGUAAACGUUAACAUUAUAUAAAGCUAUUGUCUGUUUUUUCCUGCAUUGUUAUCAAUCUUUAAUUCAAUAUUGUUUUUUGUAUCAGUAUGCUGCUGCUGGAGUAUGUGAAUUUCCCUUUGGGAUUAAUAAAGUAUCUAUCUAUCUAAUCUUGCCUACUAUACCAAAAUCUAUCUAUCUAUCUAUCUAAUCCUGCCUACUAUACCAAAUUCUAUCUAUCUAACUAUCUAAUCCUGCCUACUAUACCAAAUUCUAUCUAUCUAUCUAUCUAAUCCUGCCUACUAUACCAAAUUCUAUCUAUCUAUUUAUCUAUUGGCGACAUAGAGAGAGACAGUGACAGGCAUUCAUCAACCCUGUGUGUGAGGGAGAGCGCAGUCUGAGGUGAGGGGAGGCACGUCGCUGCCACACCUCACGCUUCUCUGCUGUAUUUGAACAGGAAAUGCGCAAAUUCAGCGAUUUGGUCUAUAAAAAUGAUCAAAAUAAUUGGAAUCAUACAGAAAACAAAUUUAUAGCACAGACCACUCCACACAUUUAUUUUAUGUUACCAUUAUGUUUUUUCCUCACCUGCAUGCCUCCCCUGACCACAUGUCCCCGGAUUUGACCACUUUCAGACUGGUGACACUUUCUAUGACAGUUUUUGAAAGUAAGAUUGUGGACACGACGACUCUGAAGUGUUAAUUUUGAACAAAACCACACAAAAUGACACCUCUUAGUUGCCUCGAAAGCUUGCAUAUUGUAAUCUUUUUAGUUAGCUAAUAAAAGGUGUCAUUUUGCUUCACUUUUCACUACGAACAAAACCACUCAAAUUGAUUUUGGUCUACACAGGUAGUGGGGUUGUGCUUUUUGCACACCAAUGCGGUAUAGUCGGGGAAGGAGAAAAUAUAUUUU